AAAAUUUAUAUAAUUUCAAAAAAAAAAAAUUUUAAAAAAAAUUAAAAAUUAAAAUAAAAAUAAAAUAAGAUGUCUGAAAAUAAAGAACUAAACAAAAACGAUUCAGAUCAGUCUGAAAAUAAUAAUACACCCUUUUUGCCAUGUAAAUCAUUAGAUGAAUAUAAUGAUUAUGAAAGUGAAGAUACUGAUUCAGAAUAUGAAUCACCUGAAGAGUAUAACGAACAGUAUUUUUCACAAUUAGAGCCAUCGUUUCAGGUCCAACCAUUUACACCAGAGCCAAAUCAAUCAGUUGUUUCAAAAGUGUUCAAAGUCAACAAAAAAAUUAAUAAUACAAAAGUUUCCAGAAUUAAAAACAAAAUAUUAUAUGAAACAUUAUAUAGUAUAAUAAUAUCAUUAAACCGAAGAAAAAAAGCCACACUCAAACAAAUAAUAAGGUCUCGAUGUUGUCUUUUUCACUGCAAAUUCGAAUUAAAUUUUCGUUCAUAAAAAGUAUAGAAUGUACCAGUGUUAUUAUUUUAAAUAAAAUGUAUAUUUCUUUUAUA